CCCCAUCUCCUCCUCUCACUCUUCUUCUCUUCUCACACCCCUCGUCACAACCCACCAACAUGCGCAGCUUCCUCUCCCUCGCCGCCCUCCUGCCGGCCGUCCUCGCCUCUCCCUUCCCAUGGGGUCCUCCAUCUGGAGGCGGCGGCGGUGGUGGUAGUGGCAAGCCUCCCGCCAAGGGCGCGGCCGCCUACUUCCUCAAGAACACCAACACCUCCGACAACCAGCUCGUCUCCAUGGCCAUUGCCUCGGAUGGCUCCCUCGGCAAGCCCGUCCUCACCUCUACCGGCGGCAAGGGCGCCUUCCCCAUCUCCACCCUCGCCACCCCCGCUGGUAUCUUCUUCUCCCAGAGCAUCGUGACCGUCGGAGGCAACUACCUCUUCACCGUCAACCCCGGCGCCGGCACCAUUGUCAUGUUCACCAUCAACACCGCCGAUCCCACCGACGUGAAACUCGUCGACACCAAGUCCACCAACGGCGACUUUCCCACCUCCGUCGCCUACUCUCCCGAUCUUGAGUUGGUGUGCGCCCUCAAUGGCGGCAGCAAGGGCAGCGUGCAGUGCUUCAAGGUUGCCGCCAGCGGCUUGACCAAGCACGGCAAGGCCCUCCCGCUCUACAGCGGCUUCAAGCAGACCAACCCUCCCACUGGCCCCGUCGACACCGUCACUCAAAUCUCUUUCAACCCCGCCUCCACCUCUCUCUGGGUCAUUGUGAAGGGCAACCCGGUCACCAAGCCCAACCCCACCCCCGGCAAAUUCCUCGAGUACACCAUCAGCAACGGCGUCGUCUCCUCCAAGCCCAAAAUCAGCUCAAUCAGCGACCUCAUCUUCAACUUCGGCGCCUCGUGGAUCAACGACGAAACCUUCCUCAUCUCCUCGCCCGUCUUCGGCGUCGCCGGCGGCGCCCUCGUGGACACCCAAGGCAACACCCCGAGGCAAGUCGACAAUAUCACCGUCGUCGGCGAGGCGGCCGUGUGCUGGACCGCGUACAACCCGCUGCAAAAGAACGGCUACCUCUACGACGCCGGCCGCACGCGCAUCAGCGUCGUCGACGGCACGACCGGCAAGCUCUUGACGCCCAUCGAGGUGCACACCCCCGGCAACAACGGCACCGAAGGCGGCCUCUACGACACCGCCAUCCUCGACAACUACAGCUACUCGCUCGCGGAUCCGGAUGGAAUCGUCGUCGUCGACCUCAAGACCUCCAAGCAGUCGCAGUACUUCGACCUGACGUCUCUCGGCACGCGCGAGAACUUCCAGGGCAUGGCCGUCUGGCCCACCACUCCCCUUACCUCCUAAAUCGACACGUGGUGAACAAAGCAGCGCACGCGAACGCACCCGCGCGCUCACUCACAUCAUCCGCACCAUCCUCAUCGACAACCUCCUCCUCUCCCUCCUCCUCCUCCUCGACCUUCUCAUCCUCCUCCUCGAAAUCUGCAGUUCGGCGCGCGUAUAUACUGUACUAGACGUAAUCUAAUGAAAGCGAGCGUUCACCGAUCCUGUAGAUCUAGAAUUCCGCGCUUUCUAUCCCUCUCAAACUUCCCGAUUUCUCCUCCUCCAUCCACUUUCUCACUC